AGAAGAGGAGCAAGUACAAUUUAAUUGUGAGGUUGAUGUUUCCUUUGCUUUGAAGAAAUUGCAGUACAGUACUUUAUUUUACUUCUAAGUCUGUUGAAGCACAACAUUGUGAGAACUACAGUAAUCAAUAUUUGUGUUUUAUCUAACGGGAAAUUCGAUUAGUCGGCAAAAUUGGUUCCGUUAUGUCAGCUGAAAGAUCAGUCCGUAGAGCAACUCACUCGGGAAGCUGGUAUACCGAUUCAGCUCGAGAAUUAAGGUAUCAACUAGAUAACUGGCUGGGUGCUGUGGGGUCGGCUUCUCACUCUCCAGCUAGAGCAAUCAUUGCUCCACAUGCUGGCUACCAGUACUGUGGAGCAUGUGCUGCCUUUGCAUACAGACAAGUUGACCCUUCUAUUGUAAAACGUGUGUUCAUCUUAGGCCCAUCUCAUCAUGUACGGAUUGGUGGUUGUGCUCUUUCACCAGCUAAGGUGUACAGAACCCCUCUCUAUGACCUUCCUAUUGACUCGCAGAUUUAUGAAGACCUCUACAGUACAGGUCACUUUGAAGAAAUGUCCAUUCUUACUGAUGAAGAUGAACACAGCAUUGAGAUGCAUCUUCCUUAUAUAGCCAAAAUAAUGGAAAACCGUCAGGUUACCAUAGUGCCUGUUCUUGUGGGAUCUCUUACAACAGAGAAAGAAGCUCUCUAUGGAACUAUUUUCAGCAAAUAUUUAGCAGACCCCAACAAUUUGUUUGUAAUAUCUUCUGACUUCUGUCACUGGGGAGCUCGUUUCCAUUACCAGUACUAUGACAAGUCUUGGGGAGACAUCUAUAAAUCAAUUCAGAAGUUAGAUGAAAUGGGCAUGAAUAUUAUUGAGUCUUUAUCACCAACUGGAUUUACCUCAUACCUGAGAAAGUUUGGAAACACAAUUUGUGGACGUCAUCCUAUUGGUGUACUCUUAAAUGCAGUUCACAUCCUUCAACAGACUACUAGUAAUGGCCACAAGAUUUCCCUAAAGUUUCUUCGUUAUGCCCAAUCGAGCCAGUGUCUUAACAUGCACGACUCUUCAGUAAGCUAUGCUGCUGCUUCUCUACAGAUUGAAUGAUAAUGUUUAUCAUAGGAAGAUCAAGUGGUGCUUUGAAAUGAACGUUGUCAAUAUUGUUUCUUACUGUUGCUGAUGUAGGUCUCAAGGAUAUGACUAUGCAAGUUUUGUGUAUUGUUUCUUUGUAAUGUACAUCUCAGCUUCCAUACAAGACUUGUAUCCCAAAAUGUACUUUACAUUCUUUAAAUUAUGUUAUGGUUUUUGGAUUUGGAGGUUAGACUUGUUUCUUGUAAAGUAUAAUGUUUUAUUAAUAGUAGUAACAUGUAAAACUCCAAGAUACUCAAGAAUUGCAGGAAACACAUGUCAAACCAAAAACUAGAAAUAUUAAUAAAUCAUCAGAUAUUAUGAUGUAAGGAGUUUAAUGUUUCAGAUGGAAAAUAUAACAGAAUUUUAUGAGUGCUUAUGGUAUUCAUCUAGUUCAAAUUACCUUUGAUGUAAAAGUAUUUUUAAAAUGUACCUAAUUGCUAUUUAGGAAAUCUUUGUUCUUGGACUAAUUUCUUUUCUGUGAUAACUCAUAUCUUGUUGUUUAAGAUUUACUAAGAAAACAGUGAAUUCAAAGUUGUGUACAAGUUAAUGAAAAAGUAUUGUUAUUCUGUAGCUGUGAUUGAUACUAAAAACCUACAGCAUCAUAAAACAGAACUAUUUGUAAUGAACUCAGUAGUUGCAAAAAAUAUGCUAAGAAUCAAAGUGUUUAAUUAGUAAAUAUUCAGAUAAGUAACAUGCUGGGUUGAUAUAUAAUGAAAACAUGCUUCCAAACCUUAAAAAAGUUUAAGAUGUAGCUUUCCACAUGACUUUAGUGGUACAAGAUUGGCUUUGUUAGGUGUACUUUUAGUGUUAGUUGAUCAGUGUUGUAAAUUUUAAUAAUAAUAAUAAAGAUAUAAAACAAUGAGUAUUAUGUGUAUAACAUAUUGUAAUCUCUUUCUUUUUUUUACCACCUAUUUGUAUAUAAUCUUAUUAAAAACAUGUAUGAUUUCAGAGUGAUGUUUCUUACAAUAAAUAUAUGUGCAGAAAUCUUAGGAAACAAUGUUAUUAAAAUAUAGAAAAUGUAUUGACCGAAGUUUUGCCAUUAAACCUCAUUUUCGUAUUGGGUUUGAAGCAUUUCACUAAUGGAUUUUUUGUUUCACUUUUACGUAAUGCUUAUUUUUCCAACUCCAGUGAACUGAUAUAAGAUUUCAGGUAAUUGCAGUUUAAUUUGGAAGGAAGAGUGUGAAGGUAUUUCCCGAUGAUUAUUAUUGAUGUAAUUUACUAUUGAUAGUGACAAUGUUGGUGUUUUUUCAUAAUUUGUGCUGAAAAUAGAUUUUCUCUGAUAUAUGGAAAUUCAACCAAUUAUCUUGUUUACUACAGUAUGUAAGCUAGUGAAUAAACAGAUGUAAUAAUA